AUCAUCAUCAGCAGUCUUCCUGGUGGGACUGCCGUGCUCCUCUGCUUGGCUUGUAGUCUCUACAGCACCUCUUGUUUUUGUGUGUGUAUGUGUAUGUAUGUAUGUAUGUUUGUAUGUGUGUUUGUGUGUGUGUGUUUGAGAGAGAGAGAGAGAGAGAGAGAGAGAGAGAGAGUGAGUGAGUGAGAGAGAGAGAGAGAGAGAGAGAGAGAGUGUGUGAGCCGCCGCCGCAAGAACACUUUACACCGCUGGAGAAAUUUGCGGAGAAAUUGGCCUGUUGGUUUCGUGGGGAGAGCGAGUGAUACGUUGUGGACGAAUGAAGAGACAUGGUUGCAGGCGGAGAAGAGGGGCUGCAUGGCUGUCCGUACUUCCAACCAGCGUUAAAGCUACUUUGAUGCGACCGCUUAGCUAACAAGCUAACUGGGAAUGUUUUCAGAAACUAGCCAGGUAGUUAGCUUGCUGGCUAGCUAAAACGGCUGGAGAAAUUCGCUGUAUAAAUUUGGCAAACCGUUAUAAUGAUGCUUGUAUCUUUCGAUAUGUUUCCUGAAAGAAUUGCGGCAACGUUGGAGACUGUAUGUUGAAUGUUUAGGGCUGCGGUGCCCGCUUGGUAGCUAAUUUCCAGCAGGGACAAUAGUUAACUGUCCAGGCAACAAGUCUGGUGCACAGUGCUGCUAAACAGACUCAAGUUUGUACUCAUUUUGUGCAUUUUUUUUAAAAUCAGUUACUGGUUAUGUAGAAAAGUAAGGCUCUGUGUUAAAAUGUACGUUUAGAGCAAAGUAAAGGUAGCUUUAUACAAAGGAAAGUAGGGUGCCACUUUAGAUGCCCAGAUUGUAGUGGAUCGGGUCCCCCCGUUGUAUAGGAGAACUUGUUGUCAGUUAAUCGAUACAAUUAUUGACGAGGAGACGAGUUGGAUGAACAUUAUAAGUCGCCCACAUGCGUUGGAUCAGUUCCCGGACUUAUGAACGGCAUCUGAAGCAGAAGGUGGGAGACGUGAGCGCACAACCCUUGCAGCCCAGGGGAAGAUGGCGGAGCGUUCCCGCAGGAGGUGGUGAAGCCAAAACUUUGGGACUUCUUGGAUUUAUCGCCAGACAUUUUAUCUCAGAUCGUAGGACACAUGCAGGCCAAAAAACGGUACUUAAUUCUGUUCUCCGCCGGUGCGUGUCUCAUUCUGUUGUUUUUUUUGGGGGGGAUACAAGUCCCGCUAUCCAGACGGGGACCCAGCCGGCGUGAUGACCGCAGCCUCACCGGUUAUCACCCCGGGGCUAGGUGGCGUCGCUUCCCAGGGUACCUGCAGCCUUUCAGGACCUGGGAGCAAGAUCGGAGCGAUGAUCACAAUGAACACAUAUCUCCUAGGGAGAAGAGGGACGCUAAUUCAGGCGUUUACACUGGAAAACGCUGCAGAAUGGAGUCCUGUUUUGAUUUCUCCCUGUGUAAGAGGAAUGGAUUUAAAGUUUACAUCUACCCCCAGCAGAAAGGGGAAAAGAUGUCAGAGAGUUAUCAGAACAUCUUGUCCUCUAUUGAAGGAUCCAGGUUCUAUACACCUGACUCAGGACAGGCAUGCCUGUUUGUCCUGAGUCUGGACACACUAGACCGGGACCAGCUUUCACCCCAGUAUGUGCACAACCUGAAAGCAAAAAUCCAGAGCCUUCCUCUGUGGAAUGGGGGCAAAAACCACAUCAUCUUCAAUUUAUACUCUGGCACCUGGCCAGACUACACAGAAGACCUUGGCUUCGACAUCGGCCUUGCCAUGUUGGCCAAGGCCAGCAUCAGCACUGAGAACUUUCGGCCUAACUUUGACGUUUCUAUUCCUCUUUUCUCUAAAGACCACCCUAGGACAGGAGGGGAAAGAGGCUACCUGAAACAUAACACCAUUCCCCCUUAUAGGAAGUACAUGCUUGUUUUUAAGGGGAAGAGGUACCUAACUGGAAUAGGUUCGGACACUAGGAACGCUUUAUACCAUGUUCAUAACUCAGAGGAUGUGGUCCUCCUCACCACCUGUAAGCAUGGGAAGGACUGGCAAAAGCACAAGGAUGCACGCUGUGAUAAAGACAACGCAGAAUAUGAAAAGUAUGACUACAGAGAGAUGCUAUACAACUCCACAUUCUGUCUGGUACCUCGAGGACGACGGCUGGGUUCCUUUCGCUUCUUAGAGGCUUUGCAGGCAGCUUGUGUGCCCGUGAUGCUAAGUAAUGGCUGGGAGCUUCCCUUCUCAGAAAUUAUCGACUGGAAUACGGCAGCUGUGAUUGGGGAUGAAAGGCUGCUAUUACAGAUACCCACAACAGUGCGCUCCAUCCACCAAGAUAAGAUCCUGUCCCUCAGACAGCAGACCCAGCUCCUAUGGGAGGCUUACUUCAGCUCUGUGGAGAAGAUAGUGCUGACCACACUGGAGAUCAUCCAGGACCGGGUACUGCAGCACACCUCAAGGAGUAACCCCAUGUGGAACAGUCUGCCUGGAGGUCUUUUCACCCUGCCACAAUACUCAACAUACCUGGGAGACUUCCCUUUCUAUUACGCUAAGCUGGGUAUCAAGCCGUACCCCAAGUUUACAGCGAUCAUUCAUGUGGUGACCCCACUGGUCUCCCAGUCUCAGCCAGUCAUGAAGCUGCUUGUGGCUGUGGCCAAAUCCCAGUACUGUGCUCAGGUGAUAGUACUGUGGAAUUGUGACAAGCCUCUUCCUUCCAAGCACCGCUGGCCUGCCACCUCGGUCCCUGUCAUUGUUAUAGAAGGGGAAAGCAAGGUGAUAAGCAGUCGUUUUCUGCCCUACGAUACCAUCCCCACUGAUGCUGUACUCAGUCUGGAUGAGGACACCGUGCUCUCCACCACAGAGGUGGACUUUGCCUUCACAGUGUGGCAGAGUUUCCCAGACCGCAUUGUUGGUUACCCUGCCCGCAGCCACUUCUGGGACAGCAACAAGGAGCGGUGGGGCUAUACUUCCAAAUGGACCAACGACUACUCCAUGGUGCUGACUGGGGCUGCCAUCUAUCACAAAUACUACCACUAUUUGUACACCACUUACCUUCCAGUCAGUCUGAAGACUAUGGUUGACCAGAUGUCAAACUGCGAGGACAUUCUGAUGAAUUUUCUGGUGUCGUCAGUCUCUAAACUACCACCCAUCAAGGUCACCCAGAAGAAACAAUACAAGGAGACCAUGAUGGGACAGAGCUCCCGGGCGUCUCGCUGGGCUGACCCAGACCAUUUUGCCCAGCGUCAGACCUGCAUGAACAAGUUUGCCAGCUGGUUUGGCAACAUGCCCCUGGUCCAUUCUCAGAUGAGACUGGACCCUGUCCUGUUCAAAGACCAAGUGUCCAUACUGCGGAAGAAGUACAGGGAUAUCGAGAGACUAUAACCCUCCACAGCCCCCCGCUCUCUGGACACAACAAAGAAAGAGCGAGGGGGCGAACACAUAUAGAGAGAUGCAGAACCUUUCCAUGAUUGCAUGGAUAGAUCAAUGGAGAAGCAACUGGGAUUGGGUCGAGGGGGAGAGGAGGAAAAGAAACUAUAGCAGAAGAGGAGAAUAGCACAUCCAUUGGUCUCCUCCGCUAUGUCCUUUGUACUUCCUCCAUUUCUCUUCUCUGUCCUUUCUCUUACGUGUAUUGGGGGAUAGCUGAGCACCCAAUUUCCACUAUAUACACUGCAACUACCAACAACUGAAGGACACCUGAGGACUUUAUAAAGUGUUCGACUUUGAACUAAAUUGGAACUGGAGUUGCAAAUCAGAUUGCUGCUUCAGUUUCCCAACAGUGGCAAACCACUCCCAAAUCCAUCCCACUGAAAGAGACUGCCUGUUCUACUUUGUACACUAUGCACAGGUUCCUGAAAGUUUUUGAUGACAGAAUAUUAUUGAUAAUUAUGACUAUGAAGAGGAUAACACUAUUUUGGAUUGUGUUUAGCUAUGUUUUUUUAUACAGUGAAUGAAUGGCCUACUACUCUCUCUGUAUUGUCUUAAUUAAAACCAGUAGCAGGUUGGGUGAAAAGAGGAAUGACAACCCCUCAACCAUCGUUGAUCUGAUAUUCACAGUGCCUCAGGUUUAUCUAACGGCGUUGGGAUGUGGGAGUCUGAGAGAAAGGCACGGUGCAGAAUAAGCACCUUGAUCUUGCUGCUUUCUGUUUUGUUUUUGUUUUCAUGGUUUGUGAUUUACUUUAUAAUUGAUGAAAUUAUGGAUCUUGUAGUAAAUUUUUCAGGUCAGCAUUCACAUUUUUUCUCUGCUGAAGUAUAAUGAAAAUGUAUUUUUAUUCAACUGAACAAACAAAUUGUCAUUAUGUGCCAUUCUGAACUUUUUGUUCAUGGUAAAAAUACAACAGACUGACACAACCCAUUAGAUUUCAGAAAACGUGCUAUGUGGGAAUAGAUAUCCACAAGCGCAAACAAAAUUCAAUGGAAUUCUCCAUUUUCAUUUUAGCAAGAAGUCUUCAUGUCUCUUUUUAUUCAUUUGUAAAGGCUCGUAUGCCAAACUAGAAUCGGUACUUGAAUAUGUGCUGGCCUGAAGAACAAUAUAGCAUCAUAUGAGUUGCCUUGGUCAAGGGAGGCUGAGCUUGCCAGUUGAGGCAACUAAUGGUCUGUCUAAAACACAAACCACACUGAAAGCCAGGGAAUGGAUCUUUUCAAGCUCGUUUAGCAAGGGAUAUUUAUACACGGUUAUUGUCUCUGUCAUAGACCGAAUUUCAUUUUGUCCAGUGACAAGUUUGCCAGUAGCCAAGGCUGUAAAGUACUUGACGCAGGCUAACACUGUUUUCAUCUGUCAGAGUAAGAGUUGGCAUCAUAUUAAGUAAACUACUGUGUUUUCCCCAUUUGUUAUGGAUCGACAGGAAUUCCCACCAAGUAUUUGUCAUACUGUUAAAAGUCAUAGGGAAGACAUUUUGCAUCGUUUGGGAGAUAUGCUCUAUUAAGUAAUUAUUCUCAUUUGUGGUAUUUCUUUAACUUAAAUACAUCUAAUUAGAAGCCUUUCAAUUUCCGGUAUCUUUGAUCAUCUCAGAUUGUAACAGCUAAUCAUCUCUGAGAGAGUCAGAUUGGCAAUGUGCCAUUGUGCAUGGGCCACAUUCAAGAAGCAAAAUGUAAAACCAGGAUGCUUAGAAAUAUGUUCCAUAAUUCAAUAUGUCUCAUAAAUUACAUCUUUAUCACUUUCUGUACGAUAGUCUUCUAAAUCAGAGACACAUAUCUCAUUUGCUGCAAAUCUUUUCAUUGACUGCCAAGUGUCAGUGGAACAUGAAAUUGGGUUUUUGCAGGUGGAUCAGUAGGCUAAUUGGCUUAAACAAUUUCUAUGUGUUUGGUCUCAUAAUUAGGCAAGCCUCAUUUUAUUUGUCUUGAUAUAUCAGAUUAGCUGAAAAUGUUAAUGUAAUUUGAUGCACCUCGAAUUUUGCACCUUUGUUUUUUAAAUCACUGUGCGUCAUCAAGUUAAAGUUUCUGUCCUUGAAGUGGCCCUGUAAAAGGCCAGCGGCAUUUCAAUAAGAAAUGUAGAAAUCUAGCCACACCUGUCCCUGACUCUUCCUUCAGUAGCUUCAGCUUCAUUUUUGAGGGAGAUAAAACAAUCAAUCAUUUUGGUGAGCUUCACAGUCCUUCACAGACCCCAAUAUGUGCCAUUAGAUCAUUUAUGGUUUUGUUUGUGUAUUUUUUCAUCUGAUAUGAGGAAUGCCAUGCAUUCCAAUAUUAUUUGGUUCAUUAAAGUAUUUUCCAUUUGUCGAGGAAAGUAAGAAAAUGUGUGAGAAAGAGAGGGGAGAAGGAAUGAAAGAGUAUAUGUGCGAAAGACUAAAAAAUCAGCAGAGAGGGGUGCUGCUUGGUGUUUUUCACUUCUGAGAAUGUGUUAUCAGUCUGACAGCCAAUAAACAAUCCCAGUAUUACUAAACACUGCUAUCAGCAGAACUGAAUAUGGUCGUAAACAGAAUAGCAUUUCAGAAAUGAACUUGGUGCAAUAUUUAAGAUGACAUUUUCUUUGUCUUUUUCUUUUCUCUUCCCUUGUGUGCUUGUUUCAGAGGGCAGGGAGUUGUAUAUUGAUGUGCCUUCAGAAGAAAUACACUUAUCCCUUGCCCCCCCCCAUCUGCCUUGUGCACCAAACAAGUCCCUGUUUUCAUUUCAUAGUAGGUUUUUUUUUCGUUUUUUUUCUUUAUCAAUAUCCAGUAACACGUUAAUGGCCCCCUAAAUUAUGUUAAUUUAACACUGGAAUUCUACUAAGACUUAUCACCACACCUCUUAUACUGACAUUCCUGCCUUUUCUGUUAUUGGAACAUUUUCAAGGUCUUGUUGGACUCGUACUGACAAAUGCACUGCCUUGUAUUCUUAUACUUGCGAGGGCCCAAUAGCCCCCUCUUCCUGGUUGUCAAAAGUAUAGUAAUACAUGUAAUGCACAUAUGUAGAAUUCUCACACACACACACACACACACACACACACACACACACACACACAUACGUAGUAUUUAUCAGACAGGAUUGUGUUCCAAAUGAAUCUCUGCCUGCUUCCUUCAUUCUCUUCUGUAACUGCAGACCUAAUUUUAUAGAGAUUGAAAAUGGAAAGAUAGAGGAAAAAUCACAGUUUUUUAAAAGAAUUUUAUAAAAACAAAACAAAAAAA